UUGGAGAUUCACCUUUUACCUUCUUGCUUUCAUUGCUGGUCUGGCUGCCCUCAUUGACAAACCCUGGCUGUAUGACUUUAAGGAGAUGUGGCAGGGCUUCCCUAUUCUGACUCUCCUGCCGUCUCAGUAUUGGUACUAUAUGAUAGAGCUGGGUUUCUACGUCUCUCUAAUCUUCAGUGUGGCGUCAGACGUCAAACGUAAAGACUUUAAGGAGCAGAUGGUUCACCAUAUGGCCACCAUCUUCCUCAUCAGUUUCUCCUGGUGUGUCAACUACAUCAGAGCGGGCACGCUCAUCAUGCUGCUGCACGACUCCUCCGACUAUUUACUGGAGUCCGCUAAGAUAUUCAUCUAUGCUGGAUGGAGAAACACCAGUAACUACGUCUUCUUCCUCUUCGCURCCGUCUUCAUCUUCACUAGACUCUAUAUCUUCCCCUUCUACAUCAUUUAUUCUACGUACAUUUAUCCAAUGACUAUGUACUCUCCGUUCUUUGGAUACUACUUCCUGAAUUUCCUUAUGAUGGUGCUGCAGUGUCCUCCAUUUAUUUCCUUGGGAAAGGUGGAGGAACGAGGGAGCGAUAAAGAAGAGACAGACGAGUCAGGAGAGGAAGAGGAGGGGGUGGAGAAGAAAGGCGCGGUGCAGAAUGGUCACGCCGCUCACAACAACCACCGCAAGACGGAGUAA